ACGUGUUGCGUUUCCUGUUCCUCACCAGAGAGAGAGAGAGGAUGACGGGAUCAGGUGGUCUCCCUCUGCAGGAAAGGGUAGAGCACCCCAACACAGUGGAGAGGCUCUUUCUCUCCACCCUCUCAGUUCUCAUCCUGUGCUUGCUCCUCUACCGGCUAGCGGUCUUGCCGGAGCUGCCUGGCGGCUUGGCCUUCGGUGUGUGGCUGACGGCCUUUCUUUGCGAGUGCUGGUUCGCCUUCAUGUGGGUGUUGUCCUUCAACUGCAAGUGGCACUUCAUUGAGCACAAGACCUUCCCCGAUCGUCUCCUUCAGAGUUACUCCAAAAGCUCUGGAAUUUGCAGGUUCAAAUCAUCUGAAGAGUUUCCAGCCAUGGAUGUGUUCGUCACCACAGCCGAUCCGGUGAUGGAACCUCCCAUCAUCACCGUCAACACCGUACUCUCCAUUCUCGCCGUUGACUACCCAGCUUCGAAGAUCGCCUGCUACGUGUCGGAUGAUGGUUGCUCGCCCAUCACCUUCUUCUCUCUAAUAGAGGCCGCCAAGUUUGCUCACUCGUGGGUUCCCUUCUGCAAGAAGUAUGGAGUAGAGUGCAGGGCUCCCUUCAAGUACUUCUCUGAGUCACAGACAGUGGAAGCUCACAACCCAUCCUCCACUUUCCAUCAAGACUGGAAAGAGAUGAAGGAAGCAUAUGAAGAGCUUGCUAAGAAGAUACCAGAGGCCGCUAAGAAAUCAAUCCCAGAUAAAUUUUCAGGGGAACAAUUUUCUGAUUUUCAACGCAUCGAGAAGCGGAAUCAUCCUUCUAUCGUUAAGAUUAUAAACGAGCACACGGGAAGGCAGGAUGAUCAAGUACCACACUUGAUUUACGUAUCCAGAGAGAAACGCUCUUCCCAUGCACACCACUUCAAAGCGGGCGCCAUGAACGUUCUGACUAGAGUCUCCGGGGUGAUGUCCAACGCACCAUUCAUGCUGAACCUGGACUGCGACAUGUUUGUGAACAACCCUAAGGCCAUGCACCAUGCCUUGUGCCUCUUGCUAGGGUUCGAGUCCGAGACCCGAAGUGGGUUCGUGCAGUUUCCGCAGAUGUUCCAUGGUGCGCUCAAUGAUGAUCCGUAUGGAAACCAAUUAAAGGUGUUGAUCAAGCGUCUCAUGCCAGGUACCAACGCAUAUCAAGGGCCAACGUAUGGGGGCACCGGCUGUUUCCAUAGAAGGAAAGUCAUUUAUGGUCAGCAGCCACCAGAGCGUCAAGAAGCAAACAAUGAAUCCUACAACUACAAAUUAGCUAAUGGGCACCAAAAUGGGAGGUGUGGCAUGGAAGAAGCAUUGGCAGCCAUCUUUGGAGGCAACCAGCCCUUAAUUGAAUCAGCACUUAGAGCAGCCUCUGAAGGCAGAGCCGUCAUCGACCCUUCUUCCUCACGGACCCUUUCAAGUUCUUUGGAAGCAGCCAUUGCUGUGUCUGCUUGUGAUUAUGAAGACAACACCCUAUGGGGCAAACAGAUUGGUUGGGAUUAUGGAUCAACAACAGAGGACGUAAUGACAGGGUGUAGGAUCCACUCCUCAGGCUGGAACUCAGUCGCAUGUUUACCUGAUCCACCAGCGUUUCUCGGUGCGGCGCCGUCCACCGGACCCGACACGAUGGUCCAGCAGAAGAGAUGGGCCACCGGUUUGCUUGAAACUCUCAUCAGCCGGCGGAACCCGGUGAAGGCUACCGUAAGGGAGAAGCUGCAACUGAGACAGUGCAUGGUCUAUCUCAUUUUGUUGUUGUGGGCAGUUCGAUCCGUACCCGAACUUUGCUAUGCUAUUCUUCCUGCAUUAUGCAUAUUCACAAACACCUCCAUCUUCCCUAAGAUAACUGAUCCAGAAUUCAAACUACCGGCUGCGGUUUUCAUCAUCUUCAAUAUUUACACACUCGUGGAAUACCUUCUUUGUGGUCUAUCACUGCGGGAAUGGUGGAACAAUCAGAGAAUGGCCAAGAUUGUGAGUUCAACUGCCUGGUUGUUUGGUCUCCUAGCUGUGUUGCUAAAGGUUUUUGGGGUCUCAGAGACGGUGUUCGAGCUCACUCGCAAAGAUGAUUUGGAAGGUGCACCGACUGAGGCAGGGAAGUUCAUUUUCGACUCGUCGGCCAUUUACGUGCCUGCAACUACGCUGCUCUUUGUGAACUUGGCGGCUCUGGCUCUAGGCCUAGCCAAGGUGGCGAUGGAAAUGGAAGCUUCUGCUAAUGUGGGAGAGUUGGUGUGUUGUGCUUGGGUAGUUCUGAGCUUCCUGCCCUUCGUAAAGGGACUCUUUAGACGUGGGCAGCAUGGUAUUCCUUGGCCAACGAUUUGCAAGUCCGGCACGGCCACUUUCAUCUUCGUCUGCUUAUGCAGGUGGUUCUCAAAUUAAUGACUGGACUUAAGGCCAAUUCAUGAAUAAUCUUCCAGCCUUGCAAAGAUGCUUCUUCAUAUUUUCAUAUAUUACUGUCGCACCAGAUUUACCAAGAUAUAUGCAUAUGGCUGGUGCAACAGGAGAUGCUCAAUGGUUGUGGCGUUACGCAAGAUAUUUUGCUGUUACAAUAAUUAUACAGAAUGUUAAAUAAGGAUUUAGUUGCUAUCGUAUGGCAACUAAACCUCAUCUUUACUCAAGACUAAUUUAAAAGAAAUCUGAUAUACACCCUCAAGUUGAGAUGUGUAAGUUUGUGACAUCCAAAUUGCUAGCUUACAUUUGAAAUAUGUCUCGCCAUAGUGGUUUUGUGAAUUAAGAUGUCUAUCAAUUGUAAAUGAGCCUGCACACAUGAUCUGGAUGGAUAAUGCCAUUCUGGAUUUU